CCAACAGCUCAGGAUUCCAGUCACAACAAAACAAUCUCAGUCAUUGCCAAUAUUUAAACAAGAACCUAGUACCAGCCCUUCUGGGAUUCCAGUUCCCUGCUCAGCCAUUGAUUUCAAUGACUUUAACUCAAGAAAACACUGGUACCAGCAGAUCAAGCUGUGACAUAACUUCCUUUAAAGGUAUGUCAUCCAUACUGUCUGUUGGACAGAAUGAGACCUCAUUUUCAAUUAACUCUGAAUCAAAAGAAAGUAACGGCUUGACAAGAUGUGAUUCUGGUUUUAUUACGUCAGCAUCAUCUGCUUCAAGUACCAAGCCUGCUAUUGAUUCUAGUUUGACAUUAUCUAAUGACAAAACUCCUACAGCUGUAUUAAAGAAGGAAGAACCUAAUCAAAGUGUUACUCAAUCUUCAAACAGCAUGCCUAACGUUCAGUUUGGCCAUAAAUCAACUCCAGUGUCAGUAUCUGAACAAAAUUCUGGAUAUGGUUUUGACAAUAGAAAAGACAUAUCCAAGCAAAGUAUUCCAACUGGACAAAACUAUGGAGUAGGUGCUUCUGUUUUCAAUUCCCUGGACAAAACUAGGUCAUUAGAUAGUUCAUUCAACCAUCCUGCAGAUAAUGUUAUGGUGCAAGAAAGAUUGGUAUCAUCCAUUGCCAUAGAGAGUUCUGAUAAACCAAAAGAUGGAUCUCUUAAUUUUGAACCUUCUGAUAAAGAUACAGUGUCAUCUGUGGAGUCUAAGUCAGCUUCCACAAAUUCAGUACCUGAUGUUGUAAUUGUAAAUGAUGACGGUGCUGACAUUGGAUCGUCAUCACCUGAAAUUUCAUCUAGCCUACAGGAAGACAAAGGUCUUGAUGAUGACAUGCAGUGUAUUAAAGAAGACAGUAGAAAUACCUCUGCUACAGAUGUUUUGUCCUGUUCAAUAUUACCUCGGAUGAUGCAAUUCACUUCUGAAAAUGAAAUAUGCAAUGUACCAGAGUCGAAGCCUGAUGUUGAUGAAAGUAAUGUUUCAAUUUUAGAUCCUGUCAUUGCAGACAUACCACCAACUGUCUCAGAUGAUACAGUAAAAUUUGCAAAAAUGGGCAUGCCAGGCCCGCAGUUCAGACUUCCUGACAAGAAGAGUGAUAAUGGUGACCAUAUGAAGCUGUAUGACAUGGGAAUGGAACCAGGCAGGAAACCAUUUCUGGACUGUUUGUUUGCUUACUUGGAUGAGAAGGGAACUCCAAUGUCUUACAUGCCCACAAUCUUGAAACAACCAAUAGAUUUGUUCCAUCUCUACAUGAUAGUACAGGCAUUGGGUGGAAUGUUAGAGAUUCAGGCAAAGAGAUGGAAAGAGAUUUGUGUUUUGAUGAAUUUCCCCGAGUCCGCAAGUGCAGCAUUUACUCUCAAGAAGAAUUAUAUGAAAUUUUUGUUCGCCUUUGAAUGCUGCUUUGAUCGUGGUGGAAUAGAUCCUGCUCUAAUUUUGGCGAUGGAAAAUCUGGAAAAGAAUCAACUCAGAACAUGCAGAAUACGAAGAGAUUUUCAAAAAACGGAAGAGUUUUCUUACCAGAAUAUUUGCAAUGGAGAUAGUACAGUGAUACAUGCUUCUGAGAAAGAUAUAAAGUCAUCCUAUAAUGAAGAAACUACUGCUCCAGUAGACCAUGUCUGUAGUGCUGCACUAAAGAGGAAUUUGUCGCUACCAAACUAUCAUCUCAAAGAAGGCAGUCGGCUUCAAACAAACAUUCCUACUAUGUUCCAUAGAAAUGUUAAGAAGGAAAUGUCAUCAAGGAGAAAAAUUAAAAGGCUUCCUGAAAUUGAACGUGUAUAUAUUGGAAAUGGUGUAGCUCCUAUAUUUAAGGAAAGUACCAUGGCACAUACAAAUGAAAAAGAACGUUCUAAGACUGCGGUAAAAUCUCGUUCCAUGACAGCAUUGGAUACUUUAGAAGAAAUCCCCAAUCUUCCAGAGCCAUUGGCCCCACCAUCAGUUGAACACAUACCAGAAUCUCUCAGUUUUAAACAAGUGUUCUGUGACAUCGAAACAACGUCUUUAUUUAUGUACACAGAAAUUGUACAAAUAGCGGCAGUUUGUGGAGAGGAAGAAUUUGAUCAGUAUAUAUUACCAUUAAGGCAGUUCGACCCGGGAUCGUCUAAAGUGACUGGAUUGACAUGUGAUGGGAGAAAUCUUUAUCAUCAUGGAACUGCUGUACGUACUCUAGAUCUUAGGUCAGCACUGGAACGAUUCUUGGGUUGGCUGGAUCAACUUAAACCUUGCAUACUUGUUGGGCAUAAUUUUAAAUCAUUUGAUUAUCCAAGAUUAUACAAAGCUUUCAGUAAAUUUCAUCUCAUUAAUUCUUUUCAUCAAAUAGUUGUGGGUUUUAUAGAUUCCUUUCCGUUAUUUAAAGCUAUAUAUCCGAAUUUAAAGAAUUACAAGCAAGAAACUCUAGUCGCUGAACUUGUCAGAGAAACUUACGAUGCCCACAAUGCGCUGGGUGACGUAAGAAGUUUGCAAAAAUUGUUCAGUGUUUCUGACCGAAUCACUCCAAACUUAUUAUGUGAGCACAGUUUCACUGUAGCUUGGUAUGUACAAUAUCAUAACUAUAAAACAAAAUGUAACAAAAUUGCUGAAUCAUUCAGCCAAAUAGUCAACGAGAAAAUUCUUAGUAAAACUACAAUAGAUAAGAUCGCAGUUAGUGGCCUCGAGUUAAAGGAUUUGAAACAAGUUUAUAGAAAAGGGGGAACCAAGGUUGUUACAGAAGUUUUGAAAAGCAGGUUAACUUUAAGCCGGUCAACAGUUGAUAAACUGAUAGAGUUUUUGGCAAAUAAAUCAAGUGUUGAUGAAUAUAUCCCAGGGCUAUAAAGCUAGAUCUUAUGAAACAAUUUUAUGAAAUUUGAAAUUUAAACACAAACGAAUAAUGAACAUAAACAAAAAAAAUUCGGAUAUAAAAUAUUAUGCAGGCAUUUUAACUUCGAACACACACCAUUUGCUCUGAAGAGAAUAUACAACUAUAUUUCUUUCAUACAAGCAUUUUAGUAGAAGUAUUCUUUUAUAAAAUUUUAACUAUCAUUUUAUAGCAGAUAAAGAACUUUAUACACUUUAAUGGUCAUGGAAAGUUGGUAUUUAUGGUAUGUCCCAAAUGUCCAGCCACUGCCUUUUUAAUAAACUGUACAUGGUACAAAAAUAUUAAUUAAACUACAAAAAUAGUAAUGAAAGUGGUGAAAUUUAUUGUCACUGAUAUUAUCAAUCUGACUAAAAUUCAGUUCUACCUAUUUCUGUUAUGUUGAUCUGAUUACGAACAUAUAUGUUUCGCCUCCUGAUUUCGUAUUUCCUGAGAAAGCUAUUUUUAACCAUGCAAUCAAACCGGUUUUUACAUAGGAAUUAGAAAAAGUAUCAAUUUUUUUUAACAUAUUAACUUGCAAUAAUAGAGUCAAUUUUUAAUUGGCAAGAUUGUUUUGCCAGUUUACUUUAUAUGGACAACGGCAAGUUUGUUCUCGAAAUCGUGACAAUUUCCUUCUCAGUAUUGGUUUUCCCAGCAUUAAAAUUAGAAACCGCAUCGCUUUCAAAGUUAUGAAAGCUUGUCGAUGAUUGGCUAUGUUAAAGAUCACUUCGUAAUUGGUCAGUUUUAGGUAAUUGGUCACUUUUAGAUCUAAAAGCGGAGCGUUAUGUAGAGCUAAUUUUAAUCAGAUUGCUGAUAUUAGUUGAUUACUGAUAUAUAGAAUUCAUUUAUAAAACAUAAAUUGUACAUUAUAAUAUUAUGUGCAUUUAUUUACUUAUUUUUUUAUAAAAGGAAAUCAUUUUAAUGCAAAUUUUUUUUAAUUGAAUGAAUUUAUUUUCAAUUAAGUUUUGGUAAUGAAAUAGUCCAGAGGCAUUAUUUUAUAUUUUUUAAAAAGAAUGCUUUAAAAUAAUGUAAUCUUCUAUCAUUCUUCCUCAAUUUUCUGCCCAGGGGUGUGUACUCAAAAUAUCCCUGCCUUCUUCAGAAUAGGCUACACUCUUUAACAUGCUUCCCCGCCUUAACUUGGUUCAAAAUUACCCUACCCUAUUCAGAAUAGGUUACACAACUGUUACACUCUUCUUUGCCCCAACAUGUUCCCUUUUGAAAAUAGGCUAUACCUCUCUGAUAUUCCUUCCCGUCUAACUUGAUUCAAAAUACCCUUCCCUUUUGAGAAUAGGCUGUACCUCUCUGAUACUCCUUCCCGCCCAACUUAAUUCAAAAUACCCUUCCCUUUUGAAAAAAGGCUGUACCUCUCUAAUACACCUUCCCGCCAAACUUGAUUCAGAAAACUCUACCCUUUUGAGAAUAUUCACCUCUCUGAUACACUUCCACGCCCCUGAACCCUCCUUUUUAUACACCCGUUUGAAAAACGGGACGUAUUAUGGGAACGCCCCUGGCGGGCGGCGGCGUCCAAUUUUGUCCGGAGCAUAUCUCCUACAUGUAUGGAGGGAUUUUAAUGAAAUUUCAUAGAAAUGUUCACCACUAUGAGGAGCAGUGUCGCGCACAUGAACCAGGUCAUUAUCAAGACUAUGGCUGUGAUACAUAUAAUUUAGGUCAAUAUAUACAAGGUCAAGGUCACUAAAGAUGAUGAAAUAUCCAGAUUUUGUCCGGAGCAUAUCUCCUACACGCAUGGAGGGAUUUUAAUGAAAUUUCAUAGAAAUGUUCACCAUUAUGAGAAGCCAUGUCACGCACAUGAACUAGGUCUCUAGGUCAAAGGUCAAGGUCACACUUAGAGCUCAUUGAAAAACGCUUGUCCGGAGCAAAACUUCCACAUGCAUAGAGAGAUUUCAAUAUAAUUUGGCACAAAUGUUCACCAUUGUGAGGCGGAGUGUGGCGCACAAAAUUCAGGUCCCUGCAGCCAAGGUCAAGGUCACACAUAGAGGUCAAAGUUUAGAUAAAAAUAUGAAGAUGUGUAUAGGGACGAUUUAAUCAUCAUUUAUUGAGGGAUUGUAACACAAAUGGUCAUUAUCAUGACUAUGGCUGUGACACAUGUACUUUAGGUCAAUAUAUGGAAGGUCAAGGUCACUAAAGAUGGUGAAAUAUCCAGAUUUUGU